UCGCUUCAUUCAUAAAUAUAUAUCGAAGAAGCAUUUUGUCAUUUUUACAAGAAAGCAAUCGUAGAAAUUGUGACGCUGGCGACACAUUUUCGCCACUCAACAUAAUUUUCGAAUAGCUAAGUUUAAAUUUCGCAGUGAUCCUCAGCCCGACACUCAUUGCUGAGAAACUGUUGUAAGAAGCAUUUAUCUAGAUGGAUUCUAAGAAGAAAAAACAGUGUAUUGUAGACGGAGAUCAUCGCUUGGAAAUACAAGGAUUUCGAAUAUCUUACAUGAAAGCAACCUGCGUUUGGCUUGGAAUCUUGAUGUCAUGUGGUAUUCUAUGGGCUGCUUUGAACUGGAGAAAGCGGUAUUAUAUGUAUUAUAGUCAUUCACCAUGCACCUUGAGAAGAGCACAGAAGGUUUUGUUAAUAGAUAAUUAUAACCAAGACUUCGUGGUAAAGAUUAACUACCCAUUGGACAUAAUCUCCAAGCAAUCGAGAUACUUCUAUUUCAAAAAAAUGAAAUAUGCUUGGAAUGACAAGGAAUCAACAUUUACUGUUGUAGGAGGACUUAAUGCAGAAAAAUGUUCAUUCUUCCACCAAUUUAAAAAAGGAAUGUCUUCAACGGAAGCAGAUCGCUGUUUGAGUUUUUAUGGAAAAAAUACUAUUCACAUUCAAGUGAAACCAGUAAUACGUUUAAUUCUUAGAGAAGUUGUUAGUCCAUUUUAUAUCUAUCAAGUAUUCAUAGUUACUGUCUGGUUUCUGCAAUACUAUUAUCAGUUUGGAGUAUGCAUCAUAGUAUUAUCAGUGAUAUCCGUUGCUGCUACAGUGUGGGAAACAAGAAAACAAAGUCGUUCGUUAAGAGAAGCCAUGAGAUCUGAAACGACCGUUACUGUUUACAGAGAUUCGAAAGAGACGAAAGUACAUUCAGAAGAGUUGGUUCCAGGCGAUGUUAUAAUUUUACCUUAUUCUUGUAAAACCAUAUCUUGCGACUGCGUCCUNGAAAUUUUUGAUUUUUCUACCGUAGGAGAAAGCAUCCCUAUCACAAAGGUUCCGGUUUCUGAAGAUGAUGAUUCUUCUUUCGAUGUUUCUUCGAAUAAAAGAAGCAUCCUUUCGUGUGGCACGGAAUUGUUGAUUAGUCGGUGCUCUGGUGAUUCUUCUGUCAAAGCUGUUGUUUAUCGAACCGGAUUUUCUACUGCCAAAGGAGAAUUAGUGAGAGCUAUUCUUUACCCUAAGCCCGUUAAAAUUAAGCUUCACACAGAUUUAUUAAAGUGCAUGGUUAUAUUUUUUGUUCUUGGGAUACCAGCAUUAAUAUACACAGGAAUUGUUACCACUAGACUUGAGGCCCACCCUUGGGACAUAGCACUUUUUCUGCUGAACGUCGUCACUUUCUUUGUUCCGCCUGCUCUUCCAGCUGUUCUCACGAGCAUCAAUGAACAAGCCCAGAGAAGACUCAGAAAGGAAGGGAUAUUCUGCCUCAACACUCGUUACAUCAAUGUUGCUGGAGGAUUAGACAUCGUUUGCUUUGAUAAGACAGGCACUUUAACUGAAGACAGUCUGGAUAUCUCCGACAUAGUGCCAGCAAUCAAUGGAAAGUUCGGAGAAGUCUUGAAUCGUUUAGGAAUUUCAGCACCGCAACUAGAGAAAGCUUUUGCAUGCUGCCAUUCUUUAUCAAAUAUAAAUGAUAAAUUAACUGGAUAUGACCUAGACAUCAAAAUGUUCAAAUCGAUAGACUGGGUAUUAAAGGAACCAACCAUUAACGAUGCUGUGCCUUUUAAAUUUUUGCCUGCUAGAAUUGUUUUUCCUAAAAUUCAGCGUUACCUAUUCCAGGAACAUGGAUACGUUGCAUUGGUUCGACAGUUUCCUUUUGAAUCUAUUUUUAAGAGAAUGUCUGUUGUGACAAAAUCUGAGAGAAGCCAUUCAUUUGAAGUAUUUUUAAAGGGAGCUCCAGAAAUUGUUGCUUCAAUUUGUCAAAAGGAUACAGUUCCUGAUGAUAUGAAAGUAAUUUUAGACUCCUAUUCAUCUAAAGGCUUUAGAGUAAUUGCAUUUGCUUCUAAAACUCUAAAUCAAGAUGUCACAAUAACACACAUAGAGAAAAUGAAAAGAGAGGAUUUUGAAAAGAAUAUGACGUUUCUUGGAUUGCUGGUUUUGGAAAAUAAGUUGAAAGACGGGACCGUUUCAGCUUUACAGCUACUCAGAGAUGCUGAUAUACGACUCAUUAUGGUAACAGGAGAUAACCUUUUAACAGCUGUAACAGUAAGCAGAAAUUGUGGGAUAGUAGAAGAGAAUAACUCAGUUAUUUUAGUAGAAGCAAAAACGACGCCAGAUAUUUAUUCCAAUUUGAACGACAAGUUGGAUGUUUCAUUCACAUAUGCAAAUCAAAUUAACUGUGUAAAUGACUCAUCUGUAAGCAGUAAGAAUGAUAAUGUUAAUUUACCAAUUGAACUUGGAGAAACAUACAGCAUAGCAAUGGAGGGAGAGACAUUCAAUUUAUUACGGGUACACGAUGCUCAUUUGCUUAUAAAGCUUGUUCUUAGAGGUGCUGUGUUUGCUCGAAUGUCACCAGAACAUAAAUUGCAUUUGAUAGAAAUCUUGCAAAAUCUUGGCUAUCAAGUAGGCAUGUGUGGUGAUGGAGCUAAUGACUGUGGAGCUUUAAAAACAGCCCAUACAGGAGUAUCUUUGUCAAUGGCUGAAGCUUCAGUAGCAGCACCAUUUACAGCUACACAGCAGGAUAUUCGUUGCAUCAGUACAUUAAUCAGGGAAGGGCGAGCAACUUUAGUGUCAACAUUCGAUGCUUUUCGUUACAUGGUGUGCUACACUUUCAUGUUUCUAGUAGCUAUAUUAAUGCUGUUGUGGGAUGGUCAAAGGCCUUCAGACGGUGCUUAUGUGAUAAUUGACGUCAUUCUUAAUUUGUCACCUCCAUUUUUAUUUGGAGCAACAGGAGCUUAUUAUAAAUUAGUCAAAAAUCACCCAACAAGAAGUGUUCUUAGUUUCAUACCUCUGUUUUCCAUUAUUUCCUUCAUGUUCUUCCAAAUCUGCACAAUGAGUAUAGCCUACGAAUUCUGCCUCUCACAGCCAUGGUACGUGCCAUUUUCAUUCGACAAGAAGAACGCCCAUUUCCCUGAGUCAUCAUAUUCAGGUACGACAAUCCUUAUGGUGAAUAUGAUGACUUAUUUAACUGCAGCAAUCGCAUUUCCUACUGGUAAACCUUAUCGUGCCAGAUUCUCUUCAAACAAAUUAUACGUGAGUGCUAUUAUUGCGCAGUUUAUUCUCGUUGGCCUUAUAUUUUUGUACCCUCCCGGCUUCCUGAUUUCUUACCUAAAUUUUAAACUCGCACCCACUUUAAGAUAUCACCUGAAUCUAUUAGCAAUAUCCUUGGGUGGUAUGACAUUCUGUUUCAUUUGGGAAAAAUUCAUUGUACAACGAUUCUUGGCUAACUUUAUUCUACCGAAACUUAAAGGAAGAAGAGGUCCAAAGCGAAAGUAUGAAAAAUUGGCACAGAGUUUAUCGGAUGAAGAAUGGCAUCCAAUGCUAUCAAAAGAAGAUUACUCGAACAACGAUGAACAGCCUAACACAGUCUGCAGCGUAUCUUUGAGCACACAAAUAACUAAAAGAGAAAACUAUGUAAACUUAAAAUAAGCAGCUAAUAAUUAUGUCUUCGAUAAUCUUCCAGUACAAUAUUGUAAUUAAUCAUUAUAAAUAUUUCAUUUUUGUAAAUAAUCACGUAUUGUAUUUGAAAUAUUCCCCAGAACUGUCACGAGUUUACUUCGAAGAUAUUAUUAUUAGAGAAUUAUUUCUCUUAGAGAAAGUAAUAUAAUUUUAAGAACACAAUAAUUUCUCAUCAUUCUGAGUGGUAAAGUUUAUUGACAAUAUAGUAUCUGAAGAAACAUUUAACAUUUUUUUUUAAAAAAAAGUUCUAACGAAAUAUGCUUCAUAUUAUUUUUCAGAAUAUAAAUCAAUUAAAAACUCCACUAAUGGGUUAGUUUCCCGAUAUGGAAUUUUGGGAUUUCGCUCCAAACUGUUCUGGCGUUGGCGUUCGAAAACAAACUGAAAAGUUUAAUCAGCUUUUACAGUAAGAGAAGAGUAGAGAUAUUCUUUCCUUCUUCUUGUUACUAAUAAAUGAUUUUGUGUAGAAUUCAAAUGUUUUGAAAACAUUAAUUCAAAAUGUUUUCCAAUUCUGUACCGACAGUAUUUUUUGUCACUUUUUCAUCAAAAUUCCUUAAAAAUAUGCAUUUGGAAGUAAAGAAUUUGAUUAGUGCAAUAGGAAUGAAUAAAAAAAAUAUUUAAAAU